UUCCAUUUCAAUCCAUUAUAUUAUUAUUUUUUGUUUACUAUUUAUUUUGCCCUUGCUGCUCGUGCGCGUGCAAAUAUUUAGUACUUUUAUUAUUAUUUUUUCUGUUUACAUUUUGCCGCCUGAUUCUAGUGACAACAAAAGAGAAUAAGCAAUGGCGGAAAGCGAAUUUUACUACGGCGAUGAGGUCCCUUACAAUGCCGAGGACGGGUACGCGUACGACGACGGAGACGAUUACGAAAUGUUUUCGCAGGAGGAUUGCUGGACUAUCAUUACACGCUACUUUGACGAGCACGGGUUGGUGCGGCAGCAGAUCGAAUCGUUCAAUUCAUUUGUCGAGCUGACGCUGCAGGAAAUCAUUGAAGAGAGCCGUACGCUGGUGUUCAUGACGUCGCCCUGCUUUUAUGAGAAGGACAGCUCGCUCACGCCACUGCACCCGCAGCAGGCGCGGCUGCGUAACCUGACGUACGCGUCGCCGCUGAUGCUGCAGUACGGGCAAAAGACCACAGUCAUCGACAAGGCCGACCCGCGCAACAUUAACGUCACGUCAGUCGCCGACAUGGAGGCGCAGGUGAUCAACGACUCGGGUCACUUUGACAAGAACGGGCAGCUCGUGACGACCGAGUCCAACCGGCCGAUGCUGAUUGGAAACGUGCCAAUCAUGAUGCGGUCGCUAUACUGCUGGACGCGCGGCAUGAAGGACAACGAGCUGUUUGAGCAAGGCGAGUGCCCCUACGACCAGGGCGGGUACUUUAUCAUCAACGGAUCCGAGAAGGUGCUCAUCGCGCAGGAGCGCAUUGCGACAAACACAGUGCUGGUGUUCAAGAAGAACUUGCCCCAAGCCGAGCGCGUGUCCAAGCAGCCGAGCCCAUUGUUCCUCAAGAUGUCCAACAAAGGCGUUGAGAAGGGCUCGGGGCAGACUAUCCAGACCAGCAUUCCGUACAUCCGCGCCGACAUUCCGGUGGUUGUGGUGUUCCGCGCGCUGGGCAUGGUCACGGCCAAGGACAUCCUCGAGCACAUCGCGUACGAUGUCAACGACACGCAGAUGAUGGAGAUGCUGCGGCCAUCGGUCGAGGAGGCAUUCGUCAUCCAGGACCGCGACGUGGCGCUGGACUACAUUGCCAAGCGCGGAACAACGGUCGGCACUAGCCGUGACAAGCGACUGCGGUACGCGGCCGAGAUCCUACAGAAGGAGUUCCUGCCGCAUAUCGGCACGCAGGCGCACAAUGAGACGGUCAAGGCGUACUUCUUCGGGUACAUGAUCCACCGGCUGCUGCUGUGCGCGCUGGAGCGGCGUGAGCCCGACGACCGCGAUCAUUACGGCAAGAAGCGCAUGGACCUGGGCGGGCCGCUGAUGUCGUCGCUGUUCCGCAUGCUGUUCCGCAAGAUGACCAAGGACCUGUCGACGUACAUGAAGAAGUGCAUCGACACCAACCGCGACUUUAACAUGCUGAUGGCAGUCAAGUCGACGACGAUCUCCAACGGGCUGCGGUACGCGCUGGCGACCGGCAACUGGGGCGACCAGAAGAAGGCUAUGCAGGCGCGCGCCGGUGUGUCGCAGGUGCUCAACCGCUACACGUUUGCGUCGACGCUGUCGCAUCUGCGGCGCUGCAACACGCCAAUCGGCCGCGACGGCAAGAUCGCCAAGCCGCGCCAGCUGCACAACACGCAUUGGGGGCUGGGCCAGGCCUGCGGGCUGGUCAAGAACCUGGCGCUGAUGGCGCACGUGACUGUCGGCGUGCCGUCGGCGCCGAUCCGCAACUUCCUCAGCGAGUGGUCGGUCGAGAGCCUGACGGAGGUCGAGGCAUCCAGCGUGCUGAGCGCGACUAAGGUGUUCCUGAACGGCGAGUGGGUCGGCAUCCACCGCAACCCCGACGAGCUGGUCGCGUGCAUGCUGGACGCGCGGCGCAAGGCGGACAUUGCGUUUGAGAUUUCGAUCGUGCGCGACGUGCGCGAGCACGAGCUGCGGAUCCACGCCGACUCGGGGCGCGUAUGCCGGCCGCUGCUGAUCGUCGAGCCGGACCUGCGGCUCAAGCUGACGCGCGCGCACGUCGACGCGAUCGAGCGCACCGAUUGGGGCGACCUGCUGGCCGACGGCACCAUCGAGUACCUGGACGCCGAGGAGGAGGAGACGGCGAUGAUCUGCAUGACGCCGCAGGAGCUGGCUGAGAGCUACUGGUACAAGCGCACCGGCACCGUGCCGCACGAGGAGGUCAGCCUGGCCUCGCGUGUGCGGUCGCGGCGUAAUGUCUUCAUCAACACGUGGACGCAUUGUGAGAUCCACCCGUCGAUGAUCCUGGGCAUUUGCGCGUCGAUCGUGCCGUUCCCGGACCACAACCAGUCGCCGCGUAACACGUACCAGUCGGCGAUGGGCAAGCAGGCGAUGGGCAUUAUGCUGACCAACUUCCAGCUGCGCAUGGACACGCUCAACAACAUCCUGUACUACCCGCAGAAGCCGCUGGCCACGACGCGCGCCAUGGACUACCUCAAGUUCAGCUACCUGCCGGCCGGCCAGAACGCCAUCGUCGGCAUCAUGUGCUAUGGAGGCUACAACCAGGAGGACUCUGACGAGGAGGACAAGCAGAGCCUCAACGGCGCCGGGUCGGGCAACUUUGAGCGGCCAACGCCCGACACGACGCUGCGCCUGAAGCGCGGCACAUACGAGAAGCUGGAGGACGACGGGCUGAUUGCGCCGGGCACGCGCGUCACGGGCGACGACAUCAUCAUCGGCAAGACGACGGCGAUCCCGUCCGACUCGAUGGAGCUGGGGCAGCGCACGCUUAACCACACCAAGAUCGACGCGUCCAAGGCGCUGCGGUCGACCGAGCGCGGCAUCAUCGACCAGGUGAUGCUGACGACCAAUGACAACGGAUGCACGUUCGUCAAGGUGCGCAUCCGCUCGACGCGUGUGCCGCAGAUGGGUGACAAGUUCGCGUCGCGCCACGGGCAGAAGGGAACGGUCGGCAUCACGUACCGCACUGAGGACAUGCCGUUCUCGGCUGAGGGCAUUGUGCCGGACAUCAUCAUCAACCCGCACGCCAUCCCAUCGCGCAUGACGAUCGGGCAUCUUGUCGAGUGCCUGCUGUCCAAGCUGUCGACGCUGAUGGGGUCGGUGGGCGACGCGACGCCGUUCACCGACGUGACGGAGCUGAUGGAGCAUGGGUACCAGCGGCGCGGCUUCGAGGUGAUGUACAAUGGCCACACCGGCAAGAAGCUGGCGGCGCAGGUGUUCCUGGGGCCGACGUACUACCAGCGGCUCAAGCAUAUGGUCGACGACAAGAUCCACUCGCGUGCACGUGGGCCGCUGCAGAUCCUGACGCGGCAGCCGGUUGAGAUGGAGCGCGACGUGAUGAUCGCGCACGGUGUCGCGCAGUUCCUCAAGGAGCGGCUGUUUGACGUGUCGGACGCGUACCGCGUGCACGUGUGCGACCUGUGCGGGCUGAUGGUUGUGGCCAGCCUCAAGAAGAACCAGUUCGAGUGCCGCGCGUGCAAAAACAAGACGCGCAUCUCGCAGGUGCAUAUCCCGUACGCGUGCAAGCUGCUAUUCCAGGAGCUGAUGUCGAUGAACAUUGCGCCGCGUCUGAUGGUGUCGGCGCAGCCAUGAUCACAAGAAAAUAAAUAUUUCAAUGUUUCGGGAUCAUAUCAACAGACUUUAUUAAAAAUAAAAAUCAAUCAGAUUAAAACA